UGUACACAGUAACAGAAUCCCAACUUCAAUCUUCUAGAAUUAUACAAUUGCAAGGUAGGUAUGGUAGAAGUAGCCCCUGAAUGUCUGAAACGAGCCCGGCGCUGCUACAGGCGGAAGGGAUGCGCGCUGGUGACCCGCCUGGGGGGCUUUAAUUAGGAUGGAGGCUUUUGGACGGCUGAACGAAUAUUCUUAUCCGUCUCCUAUAUCUUUGUUGUUGUUUUCUUCAUGUUAUGAACAAUUGCCAUCCGCCAUCAUACAUCAUUCAGCCACAUCCAACAUGGAGGUAUGUCUGGGAAGGGCCGAGGCCGACCUCGACCUCGACCAUGACCGCCACCGCCAGCUGCAGCCACAACAGCUACAGCAACAGCAACAGCAACAGCACGAGCAACAACAGCAAGAAGAACAGCGAAAAAUCCGCCAACUCAAACGCCAAUCUCUCCCUGCACGGCCGCACGCUGCAGCUCGACACAAAAAACGUCUAACGCUCAACUUCCCCAUCAACAUUCCUCCAGGAGGACUCGGCACGGACACCGCACCAGCCUCCGCUGUCGAACCCAGUCCGAUCCAGACUCCCAUGACCCCCUUCUCGCAGACAACGUCUACUACGAGCCCUGCUCUCGGGGCGCCCCUGCCCCUGGAUACACAGCAGCAGGCUGACGAGAGCACAAACCUGUUGACGGCGAUUGCAUCACAGGAGCGGAAAGUGCUGGAGCUACGGGAGGAGCUGCAACGGGCGGAGACAGAGCUCUCCACGCUGAAGAAAAAAUGGACGUUAUCGGAGAAGACCAAGAAACGCACGGAAGUCAGCCACCAUGCCGAACCAUUAAUAUCGCUGCGAUCCCCCGUCGAAAGUGUCUGUGGUGAAGAGCGAGAGUCACUGCUGCAACAGCAUCGCAAGGAGACUGCGGCCGCAGACAUCGUGCAGUCACAGCAACGUACGAGGGAGUUGGAGAGAAGGAGGAGUAUGCGUAUUGCUCCUUCUCCGGGGACUACGAUAUCGGCGAAUGGACGAAGGGUGUUUCAGGGUUCGCAUGCGAGGACGUUGUCAUUGCUUUCCGCGUCGACAGAUUCCGGGUUUAGUAGUGGUAAGAUAUCGCUGUCCGGGAAGUCGACGGAGAAUGAGUUUGUGGGGAGGAUGCCGCGGUCUGCGACGCUGCCUUCGUCUACUGAGCGGGGUGCGAAUGGGGCCUUUGCGCCGACGGAGGAAAUGAUCACAGAGUGGCGAACGAAUAUGCCGCCCGCGUCUCGGGCCUCGCUUGUGCACACCGGGAAGCAGAUGGCUUCGGAUUUGAGGGAGGGUUUGUGGACGUUUUUGGAGGAUAUUCGACAAGCUACCGUGGGCGAGGAGGGGAUUAAUGCAACGGAGGUGAGAGGGAUGUCGCCGGCCGCCAUGUCCCGCAAACGAGAUUCGAUUUCGACUUCGACGUCGCGGAGCAGCAGAGAUCGGUUGUCUGUGCAUGGGGGAGGAACGUUAUCACGUACUGCAUCGUCGUCAUCGCGGAGCAGGGGGGCGGGAGCUGAGAGGAUUUCUGGUAAAGACACUAAAUCGACCGACAUCGAUUCGUCGUUUUGGAGUGAAUUCGGCAUUGAUACACCUGGGCAGAAGUCCCCGAACGCUCGCGGAGCCUCAAACCCCCGGCCAAACGGGCAACACAACAACCUCGAGGUCUACGAUGAUGAUUGGGAUGCCUGGGAGGCUAGUUCUCAGCAGCCGAACAAGACGCACACCCCAUCCUCGAGCCGUUCCACGCUGGAAUCGAAGCAUGGCCAGUCUCCGAGGUCCCAGGCUAGCAGUCCGCGGACGAGUGCUAGCUUCGGAGAUUGGCGUCCAAUCAGCCAGGGCGACUCUGUCCCCGACCCCAGUGUUUCCGAUGGCAUUCCGUGGCCCGCAAUCACCAAGAUGGCACCGACCAAGUUAAACCGCACCGCGUCAAGUCUCAUGACCGAAUGGGAACAAAGUCUUUCUCCUGAUAGGGCCCCGGCCAGUCCUACCCUUUCCGAGAAGGAGAAUAAGGCGGACUAACCGGCCAUUCGCCCAUGGUUUGGACAUUUUCCUUAUUUUCUUCUUUUUUCCUAUUUACGUUUUGUUCUCUUUCCCAAACCUAAACGAGCAUUGUGCCAACAGACACGGACACGGACUGAACUUGGACGAGCCGGUAUAUUGAAUAACUGGACCAUGAUACAAACACGAUACAAGAAUCGAAUAACGCAGGGCUAUGAUUGUGACCCGAAUACCCUUUACGACAAAGCGUUUGUCUUUCUGCUGCUGCCCUUUUUUUUUUUUUUAGAGCCUUUAUUUAUCUUCUUCUUGUGUCUAUUAUAGACUAUUUUGGACCUUUAUUCUUCUCUUCUGAUGUGGAAUGUUUUCGCAUAGCCAUUGAAUUGUAUGUAUAUUAUUUGAAUGAAUACUUGAC